AGUUUCCUCGAGGGUCCAAGCGUUACCCUACGAUUAUAUAAAUUUAAACUGGUUUUCCUUGGGAAUUCGCCACAAGUGUGAUUCCGACAAACAUUUAAAGAACGUCCAAGAUUUUCGAUAAACAGAAUUGUGCCUUUUUAACUUUUCUCCCGUACUGCGUUUAAGUUCUUUUCAAGCCAGCUUUAAAUAAAAGACUUUUUAUUGUGUACAUCAAAGUGAAAUAAUAAUCAUACCAACAAUAGUUUAUAUUAUCCCUUUUUCACGGGGUUAACCGUUUUUUGUUUUUGUUUUUUGCUCAAACAGCUUCAAGAACGCGGCGUCGAUGGCUUGUUAGGUCCAACGGUUACCCCGGGCAACGUUUAGUUAAAGCCCGUCUGCACCAAUCACAGAGCGAGAUCUUGCAAGCUAGCCAAUCAGAGCUACCGUUUGUUACUUGAAACAACCGUUCUGCCCCUCAGACAGAAGUUGAGAUUUUUUCCCUUGACUCAAGAAGCUGGCGCGAUCAAAAUAGCUGAAAACGUCGCAGAGUUUCUCCGUCUUGACGGUGUUUCGUUUUAGUUUAACGUAUUUUCGACCGAAAUGUCGCGGUAACACAUCUGAAGACUAUGAAAACGAGAGGAUCGCCGUCAGCUCCGCCACCGGUUCACGUGCACGUAGCGGAGAGCACACCUGUCCACGUUCAUAUGAGGAGGAGUCCUAGCAGAACACCACAGGGAAAAGAUGCUCCGGUGAGAGGAGAUGGAGGCAGGCCAAAGACCCGGACACCUUGGAUCCCUCCAGGAAGAAUGUCUUGCAGAAGGGAUUUGGGCUCCUACAAGUCUCAGACAAGCAGAAUACAGCUUCAGUCAACUGGUGGGAUGAGGGAUCAGCGAGAGGCAGAGGAGCAGGACGAAGAGCUGCACGGAGUUUCUAAAAGCCUCAGCGUCCUGCUGAGAGAACAAGGCAGCUCGUCCGGUUCCAAGACAUCAGAGUCCCGCGAUCAGCAGAGAGACGCAGACGUGCUCCUCAGGACGCUCAUAGAGGCAGAAAUCGACGGCGUGGCUGUGGCCAAUCAGCUCACAGCUUUGAAGGAAACCAUUGAUGGCCUUGCUAAGGAGAAGCGGCCGUCGAAGCUCCACUCAGCCUCGCUGGGACGGCAGCAGGAGCUGCUGCUGGAGAAAAUAGAAAUGUUCGACAGAACAAAUCACAACCUGCGAGAUCUCCUCAGGGACUGGAGCGAAUACGAGAGAGAGUCGCUGCUGUGGUCGACGGAGAAAGACGCCCUGAUGAAAAGUCUGGCUGACAGCGAGGCGGAGAAGCUGAGACUUUUCGCUAAGCUCUCGAACAAGGAGAAGGAGGCUUCAAAGCUGGCGGAGAACCUGGACUUUGAAAAGGACAACGUGAAGACGAGCGCAGAGCUGUCCAAGGUCCUGGAGUCGAGCCGCAGCCACCUGGAGGCCCAGCUGAACCAAGCGGAGGCUGAAAAGGCCCGUCUGGAGGCUCAGAUCCAGAGGAUGCAGCAGAGUCAGGAGCAGCAGCGGGACGAGCUCCGGGUCCUGCAGGCCGAGCUGCAGACUCUAAGGCAGCAGAGGGAGGAGGAGGAGGAGCAGCAGCGCGAGGAAGAGCGGGAGUCGCUCGGCCUGAUGACGCAGCGCGCCGAGCGAGCCGAGGAGUCAGCGAGGCAGCUGGCGGAGAAGCUUCAGGAGAAGGAGACGCAGCUGUCUCAGGCUCUGUCCACGUCCAGCGACUGGUGUCUGCGCCACUCCAAGGCCGCCGCUGGGAAACGGCAGCUGCAGGAAGAAACCGCCGACCUCAAACUGAGGAUCACGGAGCUGAGCUCCCGGCUCCGCGCGGCGGAGGAGAAGAGUCGGGCAGAGAGGGAGGAGCUGAGAAACCAGCUGCACCAAACCAGCGCAGAGAGCGCCACCUUCAGGCUGGAGAACCAAACGCUCAGGAGCGAGCUGACGUCGGCGGAGGACAAACUGGGAGGACUUCUCUCUGAGGCCCGCCUGCUGAAGUCGUCGCUCAGAAAGUCCGACGUGCAGCUGGAGAAAUACAAGAAGAAGGUCCAGCAGGCGCGCCUGGAGUCGGAGGAGCACCGCCUGAAGCUGGAGGCCGCCCAGAAGGAGGCGCGGGAGCUGAAGGUGAGCCUGGAGCAGGAGAAGGAGCAGGUGAGACGGGAGCUGCUGGCCCGGGUCCAGGAGCUGGAGGCGCUGCCCGAGAGACUGAGGAGGAGCGAGCAGCAGCUCCGAGACGCCCAGGAGGAGGCCCACGUCCACGAGAGGAGGAACCUGGAGCACCACGCUGCUCUGGCCGAGGUCAGACACAAGGUCGAGCAGCAAGGUGCUCAGCUGGAAACUUUCCAGCAGAGGAAUCUGCUGCUGCAGGAGGAGAACAACGUGCUGAAGGAGAAAGUUCACAACUUGGAGAGGAAGCUGGAAGACAUGAGUGCAGAAGCGUGCACCUCGGCCCAGACCGUCAGCCUGCAGGAGGGACGGAUCCGCAGCCUCCAGCUGCAGCUGGAGGAGAAGAGCCGCGAGUGCAGCGCCGCGUCCAGACAGCUGCAGCAAACUCUGGAGGACGCUCAGCGACAGGUGGACGGCAGCGUGCAGAGGGUUCUGGCCAAAGAGAAGGCGUCCCAGUCCAGAGCGCUGGAGCUGCAGACCCAGCUGAGCCGAGCCAAAUCCGAGCUGAGUCAGCUGCAGCGCAGCAAGGAGGACAUGGAGCGCCGCUUUCACACGCAGCUGCAGAACAUGAAGGAGCGACUGGACCAGUCGGACUCCACCAACCGCAGUUUGCAGAACUACGUCCAGUUUCUGAAAACCUCCUAUGGGAACGUCUUCGGUGACUCUCUGAUGGCGAGCUGAGCGGCGCCGAUCCGUUCCCAGAGCUCCGCAGUACAGACGAAUUUACAUUUAUUAUGGAAUAACUAAACAAAUAUUUAAACGAGAAGGUCUGACCUCUAUUUAUUAACCUCUACUUCUAAAAAAUCUUGAUGCUGAUUUCAUUUUUUUUAAAAUGUUUUGUGUGUAAAAGUUGAAAUAUGUGUCCUCAGGAAGGAUUAAUUAGAUAAACAUUUUUGGAUGUUUUAUUUAACGUCAAACAUAAAAUCUAUUCAGUAGAUAUAGAUAUUCUAAAAAAAAUUCAAUUAAAAUCAGUUCAAAAGUUUUAUCUCUUUGAUUAAUUUGUUACCAUGAUGUGUAAAUUUUGUAUUAAUAUUAAAUAAUAAUUCAAACAAGGGGAUAAUUAUGAAAUAUUGCCUUAUUUGCUUUAUACCCCAACCUUUUAACCCAAUCAACUGAUUUAAUUACCUUUUUUUUAUUUUUAAUCUUCUAUUUUUGUAUUUUAAAUGCCUUUUUCAAGCCAUUCAAUUUCUACAAACGUCAAUGUAUUUUACUGGAAUCUGAUGUGACAGAAUAAAGGAGAGGAACAGGAAGUGGAGACAUGGCUUAUACAAGCUUUACAAAUAAAAAUCUGAAAUGUU